CCAAUGCGUUGAUGGCAGUCUUGCAGAGGGAGACCUGCACUUAACUUGCAGCUGCUUCCUCUGCCCGGGCUUCAAGAUGUCCACGCCCUGGGUGACAGCCGGCGGGGCGCUGCCCUGUGUUUGGGCAGCGAUGCUGAAAAGCAGCCUGCAGUGAAAGCCUCGCCGACGAGCAAUUAACGGCACAGCCAACAAGAUGAACGGAGCUUUGGAUCACUCAGACCAACCAGACCCAGAUGCCAUUAAGAUGUUUGUCGGACAGAUCCCCAGGUCGUGGUCGGAAAAGGAGCUGAAAGAACUUUUUGAGCCUUACGGAGCCGUCUACCAGAUCAAUGUCCUCCGGGACCGGAGUCAGAACCCUCCCCAGAGUAAAGGUUGUUGUUUCGUAACAUUUUAUACAAGAAAAGCUGCACUUGAGGCCCAGAAUGCACUGCACAAUAUUAAAACUUUACCUGGGAUGCAUCAUCCCAUUCAGAUGAAACCUGCAGAUAGUGAAAAGUCAAACGCUGUGGAAGACAGAAAAUUGUUCAUAGGAAUGGUUUCGAAGAAAUGUAAUGAGAAUGAUAUCAGGGUGAUGUUUUCUCCAUUUGGCCAGAUAGAAGAAUGCCGGAUUCUCCGGGGACCAGACGGGCUAAGUCGAGGCUGUGCGUUUGUCACAUUUUCUACAAGGGCAAUGGCACAGAAUGCAAUCAAAGCCAUGCAUCAGUCUCAGACCAUGGAGGGCUGCUCUUCACCUAUCGUGGUGAAGUUUGCUGAUACUCAGAAGGACAAAGAGCAAAGGCGCCUCCAACAGCAGCUUGCACAACAGAUGCAACAGCUCAACACUGCCACCUGGGGGAACCUGACAGGUCUGGGCGGACUUACCCCACAGUACUUGGCGCUACUGCAGCAGGCCACCUCCUCGAGCAACCUGGGUGCGUUCAGCGGCAUUCAGCAAAUGGCUGGCAUGAAUGCUUUACAGUUACAGAAUCUGGCAACACUGGCUGCUGCCGCAGCCGCGGCCCAGACCUCAGCCACCACCACCAAUGCAAAUCCUCUCUCUACAACGAGCAGUGCCCUGGGAGCCCUCACAAGUCCUGUGGCUGCUUCAACCCCCAAUUCCACUGCAGGUGCAGCCAUGAAUUCCUUGACCUCUCUUGGGACUCUGCAAGGAUUGGCUGGAGCCACUGUUGGAUUGAAUAAUAUUAAUGCACUAGCAGGUACCAUCAACAUUGCUCAAAUGCUCUCAGGUAUGGCGGCUCUGAAUGGAGGACUUGGCGCCACGGGCUUGACGAAUGGCACGGCUGGCACCAUGGACGCCCUCACCCAGGCCUACUCAGGAAUUCAGCAGUACGCAGCCGCGGCACUGCCCACUCUGUACAGCCAGAGCUUACUGCAACAGCAGAGCGCUGCAGGCAGCCAGAAGGAAGGUCCAGAGGGGGCAAACCUCUUCAUUUACCACCUUCCACAGGAGUUUGGAGACCAAGACAUUCUGCAGAUGUUCAUGCCUUUUGGAAAUGUUAUCUCUGCGAAAGUCUUCAUUGACAAACAGACCAACCUGAGCAAGUGCUUUGGUUUUGUUAGCUACGACAAUCCCGUUUCUGCACAAGCUGCUAUCCAGGCUAUGAAUGGUUUUCAGAUUGGCAUGAAACGCUUGAAGGUCCAACUGAAGCGCUCCAAAAAUGACAGCAAACCUUACUGAUCUUAACCCCAGAGGCUCCCUGCUCUUAUUUUAGCUUUCUUAGGACAUCUUCAUGCCCGUUAGUUCAUCGUUUGCCUAGCAUGUCCCUGUGGCGUCUCAAAAAAAGUUUCAUCGUCCCGUCAUUGUUUCUGAUGUCUUUCUGACCUCACAUCAUAUUUGGUUCUCCUACUGACCUUUGAUCUAGUUUGACCUUUGAAAUUUGCAUGUGACCUCAUCUAGCUAUGAAUUCUGGGAAGUCAAUGUGAAAAACAUUGCUGCAUUCAUGCAAGACUGAAAUUUAUUAUUAGACAAAUUAAUUAUAGAAAAAAAAACCUGUGGCAAAAAUGUUUCGUUCUUUUUUUUUUUUUCUUUCUUUCUUUCUUUUUUUUUUUUUUCAUAAAACAGACUUGAAAGUAUUAUACAGGGAUUGGCAUUCUUCCCGGUCACUGGUAACAAUAGCAAUAUGUGUCCAGGGACACAGAAUGUUGGUUUCUAACAGACUACUUCCAAAAACAGUUUGAGAAAAAAACUGUCUGAUUUUAAGUCUCUAGAGGUCUGUAAUAGUUUUUACAUUUUUCAGGCAGUGUAAAGUUUUUUGAUAAGGCCAUUUUAGGUGGCUCACUUUCUCAUUAAGAUAUAUAUAUAGAACCACUUUUUGUAGAUUAGUAUAAGAAAAUAUUUACCCUGUUUUGGGGCAAAUGCUACCUAUUUGUGUCACCUUUUGCUGAACUGACUCACAGUUAGACAAUCCAUCGUUUAAUGCACAUGAAAUGACCUAUAUUUUAUACUGUUUCAAUGUACAGGAGAAAGGUUACUGUAAACUGUGUUACGUUGGUGCUUCUGCGAAUUAAGUUGUGGUUUCCUCAUGAGUCUUAUGGUCUUAAUGUUCUUUGUUGAUAAGACAAGUUUAGAAUUGGUUUACUUAAAACAAAAAAGAAUUUCAAAAAAAAAAAAGUUGUUUGCUUAAGAAAAAAUUUCAUGUGAGGGAAAAAAAAAAAACUAUUCCAGAAUAAGUUUUGUGUUGGCUUGUGAAGCAUUGAUGUCUUUUUUUUUUUUUUUUUUUAUUGUGGACUAUUUAGAUGUGUUUGUGUUCAGCAAAAUGUGAUCUUUUUUUUUUUCUUUUAAAGAAAAAAAAGUGAAAAUAUAUAGUGCCAAAUUCCAAAGGUACUUCCUUCCUAGAGCUUCAGUGUGUUUCUUGUGAGAAGUAAUUUGAUAACAUGGGUAUUUUACUAUGUGUUUUGUAUAAAUCCCUAAUAUUUAAAAAACAAAAAACAACAAAAAAAAGAGGUUAAAAAGUUUGUUAACUUGCUAUCCUGUGGUCUUGUUGCCUGAAAUUGUUAUUGUUUGUUAUUUCUCUAUGAUGUUUUUUGUAAGACAUUGUAUAAGUGCCCAUGUCUCACUUUUUUAACCACUCUGCACAUCAAUGCUGUGAAGGCAACCUCACAAUGUAUUUUCUUCAUAAUAUAUGGAAACCUCUAAGGUGAGAAAGUUUUGAACUUUUAACCCUUUCUACCCAGAGCUAUCUGGAAUGUUGAUAACUUAUACAGUCACCAUUUUUGUUUAUGUCCUCUCCUCCUCUUUGGGUUGUUUUUGUUUUCAUUACUUUUUUGUUCCAAUACUUGGUUGAUAUUCAAAAGAAAGAACUCCACAGGACAAAUCUGAAGGGAAAAAAUACAUAGUUUAACACACUUCAAUUAUUUUCCCUACCCCAUUUUUCCUUUUCUUUUACAUUUGAUUAUUUUGGGUCUUUUUUUUUUUUUUUUUUUUAAUGUGCUGCUGAAAUUCCUUCUUGAGUUUUAAUUAAAAACAGUUUAUUGGGCAGGCCUCUUAGGGGAAUGAUAGCUAGAUUCAGCAACUAAAUAAUCCUUAAAAAUUCCAUUUGCUUUUGAAAUUAGUCACCUGUUGCAGUUGAGAAUAUUUUCUUAUACCUUGCAGUUAAACCACUUUGUGGUGGGGUGGUCUUUUGAAGGAUUUCGCUUUGUUUGUUUCUAAUCACCCAUUGUGCUGGGAAUUCUCCCACCCCAGUGGAUAUUUCUGAAUAAGCAAGGUAUCUGGAAGUAGAAACCAGUAGUCUUUUUCCUGCCUUUUUGUUCCUAUUUUUGAUUGCAUUUAAAGGGACUGACCAUAUAAGUAAAACUCAGUUCUUCAUCCCAUUUACUGAACAAAAUACCUAGCACCAGUUCCUGCUGCCGGUGUUUAAAGUGCCAUAUUACAUUGACCUUGACUUUACAUGAGUUACAUAUCUUACGGUCUUGACGAACCCUACAACCCCAACACGAACUCCAGCCUUCCUGAAAGCAGGCCACUGGAAACUUCUUGGUCUCUAACACGGUUCAUAAGCAGAUGGCUUCCUUUCCUUCUUCCUUCUCCACCUCACCACCCUAUUUAGUUUAAUAUGUGUGUGUGGAUGUGAUAGCCCUGGGAUGGAAAGGACUAGCCUCUCGUGAUGCAAAAAACAAAAACAAAAAGUUUCCUUCUUAUAGCACAUGCACUUCUAAUAAACUGAUUUGUAUUAUCCUCACACGUGUUUACUACUGCUGGGGCCUUCCUUCACCCUUUGAGGGCUAUUUUGUACUUCCUGCAGCAAUCAGCUUAACAACAAAAGUUACCACACAUGGCUCUCUCAUUUAUCUUCUGUAUGGUGGUGUGCAGACACAUACACAGAAAUACAAGAGAAUACCAUUUGAAUUUCUUAGACUCAUUCAGAAUCUCUUCAUUUAUUAAUUAUGUGAAUCUCAAAAAAAAAAAAAAUUUUUUUUUUCCAAUUUCUUCACUAAAGCCAACUGCCUUCCUCCUGCCCUCUUUUCCUCUCACCCACCUGCACCACCCCCAGAGGAAACUACGGCAGUUAACAGGAGGCUCAGGGUAGGCACUUGAGUUGAGUGUUGCUUAUUCUGCAGGCAACUGAGAUAGUACAUUUAGGGGGAAAGUCCAUUCCUUUUUUGCAUGUUUUACGGUCAAAAAGAGAACUCUCCUCAGAGACAAGUUGUCCUUUUAUUUGCUUUAUCUUUUAAUAUUAAAAGGAAAAAGCUGCAAGGGUGCAAAGGGCCUGGGCCAGAAGAAAAAAACACAGGGAAAUUGCUUUUUUUUUUAAUCACGUGUAGAGAAUAGUCAUUUUUAAACUAAAUUAGAGAAUUGUGAUAAAAUGGCAGUCCUCAAAGGCGUAACAAGUUCAUCUUUCUUUCACCAUAGGGGUCAUAGUUCUUUGGCUUGUGCUACUCUGGAAUCAUUUUACUGUUUCUGUUUUUAUGAUCUUAAGUGCUAAUUAACAAGAAAUAAAAUUUUAAAAAAACCUGUAGUUUCAUUACCUUUUUGAAAAAUGUCAUACAAAAAAUGUAUUUGUGUUUUUUUGUGCUGUGAGAAUUGUUUGUAGAUUAAGAAUAUCAUUUUGUUUAGAAUUACAAAUAGUUUUUAAAUAUUGUCUGAGAAAAGCCAAAGUUACUGCAACCUAGUGGAAACUGUAAGACCAUUUGAGUAUUGUUUCUGUUUUAUUGAUGCAUUUGGAAUUUGUUUGAUGGAAUUUGAGCCAAAAAAACAAAAAACGCAGGCUUUCCUAUUUCUACAACUGAUUGUACUUAUGCAUUUUGUACCAGUGGAACUUUUUAUACUGGAGAUUAAAAAAAAAAAGGAAAUUUUUGUGGCUUACUCUAGUGGGCCCCCUGACAAUGACUGAUUUCAAGUUUGAUUUCUGGUUGAUAGAAAGAAAGUUGCUUUUCUUUUGAGAAUUAAAAACUUUGGCUUGAUUUCUUUUUUCCCUUUGCUUAUAUCUAGUAUUAGAAUUUUGUCUUAAAAUACAGCGGUAAGUUUCCCUUUUUAUUCUGUAUUGUGCAGUUACACAAUAAGGUAAUUUAGAUUUAGAAGUACUCAGUCACUUUAAGUGGAUAAAUGUAUUAGUUAAAACUUUAGGGGUUUGCUUUUUUGCUGUUUAGAUCAAAGUUUUUUCUGAUUCUUCUGUCCCUCAUUGUGAACAUAACCGUGUAGUUGAAACAGUCAAACUUAUUUUUGUAACGUAUGUUAUUGUGUGAUGCGGUUUUUUGCUUCUGUCUCCAAUAUUAAACCAUUUUCCUAAUACUUGUUUCUCUCUCUGCGUGUUGUAUUGUUGGUAGUCAUUCUAUGUUGGUAAUACAUCUACACACCUCACUGUUUCACGUAUCUGUUUUUUUUCUAUAUGUUGUGUAAAAAGAUACAGUCGAUUCCACCUAAGUGAAUAUCUGAUUUGGGGGAAGAGGAAACUGCACACCAGCCACCUUUGAUUUAUGUACGACAGCCCAUUUUCACCACUGCUUCCAGUAUUUAUCCUUUUUUCUAUGGUUCUCUGAAAUAACUGCCAACAGAGUUGGAUUUGCCAAGACCUUUCAUGGUGUUUUGACAACACAGGUUAAUUUAACCUUCUCUUCUCACUUCUUCAUCUUCCCCUUCCUCCCCCUCCCCUUCUCCCUCUCUCAUGGGUAUGUGUAUGCCAUUCUUAACUUAGAAGAACCUGCUGCAUAACCUUAAGAAACCUAAGAAGAGAAGCAGCAGACUUGGGAUUUCUUCUAACUACCCACAAGUUCAAUGGCAUGUUAUUACAGUAAAACUCUUCUUAGACACUAAUCACAUUUUUAAAAGAAGUGAGCUCUAGAGGGAAGAAAAAAAAUAAAUUUACCUGGUGAAUACAAGGUAUGAAAAGGGUUAAACCUAAGUCUAUGUGUUGACAUCAAUCAAUGGAUAUGUAUAGAAAAGUAAUUUAAAUUAUUUAUUUUUAAGAGCUAAUUGAAUCCAAGAGCAGCUUUAAUUAUUAAAACUAAUGGAAGAGAAAAAAAUAUUUCCAAGUGCUCAAAUGGAAGCUCUGCUCAGUCUGGCGUGGGUGGGAGGUUGGGAGGUGAAGUUUCUCAUUCUCACAUCUUCAUAGCAGAUUCUCUGUUUCUAAAUGAAAACUAUUAAUGCCAUAUUCAUCCACACAGUCCCUCCUGGCUGAACCUGUGUUGAAGAAAAAGCCUUGCUCCCUGCUAUCACCUGAACCCCAGUUAUCAAGAAAAGGAAAAAAAAAAACCUCCUCACAUGACCUCUAAAACUUAAGCCACAGACCCCUCCUCCCUUUUCUGCCCAUCUCUUAUGCUCAGGAAUCUGAUUGCUCUCAAAGUGCUCUUAAAAGAUUCCAUCAGUGUUUGCUCCCUGUCUUCUCUCUCCUUCCAAUUUUCAGACGCACAAGCUCUGACUCAGGCCACCUGGCACCUGGCAGCCUUCCUCUGGUUGCCAAUGAGAUUUUCCCUGUAGGUGCUCAGGCCCUUUACCCUCUGGUUUCAGCAGCCCCUCUGGCCCCAGAUUGUAUUUUCUAGUUGGCUCAACACUAGAGGGGCCUGGUGAGGUGGAGGAAAGGAGGCUGUUUUCCCCCAUAGGCUGGACACUCAGUGACAGUGACGUCUGCCAGCUCCAAACCUACACAGCUGGGAGCUGACUUCCUGCCAACACUUCUGCUUUAAAUCUCAUCAUAGCCUUCAUCAGUUUGCCUCUGAAAACCCACUGCUUACAUUAGUGGGGAAAGAUGGCAAAGGGUGUGAUUUCUUUCUUCUCUUUUUUUUUUUUUUCUCCAAGUGGGGUGUGAGGGAAGGGAAGGGGGGAGAGGGGCGAUCAGUUCUUUGCAACAUGAAAGUAUUUUGUUGUUGUUGUUUUAAUACAUAUAUCCACUAUUUGCCACAGGGCACAAUACUCAUGCUAAGUAAAAGAAGGGAAAGACAAAGCCAGUUUUUGUUGCUGUUAAAAAAAACAACAAAAACAGUAAUUCUCCAAAGAAGGGGACGAAAAAGCUAGUUCCCUUAAGCACUUAUGACUGUAAAGUUGGUCCCUGCCGAAAUUCAUACUUAUAAUUUUGAUUUGGUAAAACACCAUUGCAGUGUUAGCAAGGUGUAUCUGUUUGCCUCACACGGACCACCUUGGGAAAUGACAGAACUGUCACAUUGACCUUGCUGAUGGAAGCCAUGAGUCUGCCCUGCCCACAGCAGUUACGUGCAAUCCAUGGGCUCAGGCUCUUAGUUGGCAGGCUAGGAAACACAGUAAACAGAAAUGUACUGUGAAUCGUUCCUGAUAAGUGAAUAAAACAUUGUGACCAAACAAUCAGCUUAUUCACUUAUCAGGAAUCGACUGUUGUGCUAAUUCGCUGUUUUUGUUUUUCAUCUCUGUUGUAGUUCACUAUUUUUGCUGUGUUCUGUUUUCUCCUCUCAUGCUUGGGCAAAAUCACUGGGAAUAUUAUCUUCAUGUGACCAUGAAACGUUUAUAUCGAGUGAAAAUGAUAUCUUAACAAAAUCUAUGCACUUGCUAUCAGGAACACAAUACUGGAUGUGUCUUAUAUAUAUUGAACUAUAUAGUACUCGAUUUCUUAAAUAAAGCUUAAGAAAGGA